AUGGAUUGGAAGUUUGGUCAACGAGACCGGCAGGUUGAGUUUGAAUGGGGUCUUGAGGGCUUCUUAUGCGGAAUUGCCGCUCCGGCUGACGACUGUUACGGCGGAAUUUCGACAGCUUCGGCAACAUGGUGUCUGCUCGACCUGUUUGUGUUGCUAGUACUAGUAGUUGCGUUGAAGCUGGGUUACGUGCUGCCCACAUAG